UUGAAAAUAUAAAAGGCCAUAUUUUUUAUCAUAAAUAAUCAAUUUUAUAAAUAUAACAUUAGUUAUAUAUAAUUUUUAAGUUGCCACGUAGUCAUUUACUAUUUUGAGAAUCAAGUUUAAUCUUGAAUAAACCAUUUAUUUUAUUGCAUAGGUUGAAAUAUAAAAUAAAACGAAGUUAAAAUGGGUGAAAACGAACAAACGUCACAAACAUUACUUGUGACUUAUGGAAAUUCUACUUCAUUAAACGAACCACUUUAUCAUGCUGUGUAUAUACCUGAAGAAAAUCUUGAUAAUUUACCAGAAAACAAUACAAAAGAAAAUAAUCGAGUUUAUCAAGACAAAGCAGAGGCUUUAAAAGUAAUUCAAAAAUUUAAAACUGGUCGUCUGAAAUCGUUUAAGAAAAGAUCAGAAGCUGAAGAAUAUGCAAAGACUGGUUUUGAAAAAACAAAUUGUGUUAAUAAUACUACAUUAUCUACUAUAGUACCUGUAGUAGAAGAAAAAUCAUCUGAUUUUAAAACUCCAAGGUCUCAAGAUCUUGUAUGUUUUAGAAAUUUAAUUAAAGAUGGAGAUUUGUACGCUGUAAAAACUACAAUAUGGGGAAAUCCAAAAUAUUUAAUUGGUAGUGGUGACACUCCUGCAAUUUUACAAGAAGGAUGUCGUUAUAAUGCAUUGCAUAUUGCAGUUAGAGCAGAUAGACCAGAUAUGUGUGAGUUAAUAUUAAGCACUGUUGGAAAUGCAGAAUUUAUAAAACUAUUUUAUGGUGAUGAAUGCAAAAGCUAUGUGGAUCGUGCACAGAUCAUGCUAGAUCUAUAUUUAAAUACACCUGAUAAGGGAUUGAAUGAAACUCCACUACAUUUUGCUGUUAAAUUUGGUCUAAAAAAUUGCGUUCGAGUUCUUGUUUCAUAUCCUUGUUGUAUAAAAACAUUGCCAAAUAAAUAUAAACAGCUACCAAUAGAUAUAAUUUGUACUAGAGCCUGCCAUGACGACACAGAAUUAAAAAGACAGAUACGUUUAUUAUUGGAAGAUCAGUAUUAUGUACCUGUAUUAAGAUCGGAUGAUAAUUCAUUGCAACCUGUUAUUGGAGAACCUUUCUCCCCAACUAAUCCUUUGAGUUUAAACACAGAUCCAAUCAGUCCACGUUUAGAAGUACGUGCAUUUGCUGGACCAAUGACAAAGUCUCGUGCGGUAGAAUUUAGAAAAAAAUGGAAAACUCCUCCACGUCUUCGUAUUACUUCAGUUAGAAAUGUAAAUGAUGCUGAAUAUAAUACUACAGAUAGUCCCAUUAAUAAUUUAACUUUAAGACUACAGGAUACGGAAAAGGGACUUGAACGUGUUGGAAGAGACUUAGCAGAAGAAUACGAAGUGUCAUGGAAAGAAUAUUGGCCAUUUUUGAAUGAUUUCGCAGAUUUUCGUACUACAGAAGGUUUAACGAAGCUUGAGAAAUAUUUAGAACACAAAUUUCAGUUACUAUAUUAUAGCCAGAACUCAAAUAACGGAGUAACAGAUUCAAAUUUAAAUACAGAAACAGAAGUGAAAUUAGUUCAGGAAAUAGAUCAUUUAUGCAAUGAAUUACAAUCAUGUUCAUUGCUUAAUACAGUCAAUGAAAACAAUGUUGAUGAACUCGAAUUUUUCACACCUCCAUCAUCACCAGAAUUAACAGAAGAUAGUUCUGAUGAUGAAAUGCAAACUGCAGAAGAAGGUCCUGGAAUAUUUCUUGAAGGAUAUAUACCGAUGAAAGUUGAUUAUGCGGUUUAUAAUGCAGUACCAUCGUCAAUAAAUCCCGUUACAUAUCCAAAUAUUUAUCGUUGGCAACAUGACAUGCAACUUGUUAUGAAACAUGAUUUGCAUAGAACGAACAAUCUGAGGAUAGUUAAAAAGAAAUUGAUUAUGACCUUCUAGGUAUGUGAAAUAUCGAAGUGUUGAACAGUGUAUAAAAAUAAAACUGUAUAAAUUUUUAUAUUA